ACAUGGAGACUGGUAGGAAGAGCAGAGAUGUGGAAAGACUGGCCCUGCCCACAGCUGUGACAGUGGAGAAUCCAGAGGAAUAUCUCAGCUGCAAAGAUCCCCCGUGAGGAGUGCGGGAUCCCAAUCCCAUGCCAGGCUCCAGUGAUGGGAAGAGGAGCCUGUAUAACAUCUGUCUGUGAAAGUCAGCAGGGGUUUUGUCUGCCAGGACGAGAAAAACAAGGAUCCCAGAGGCUGGUGACUUGCUGAAGACCACACUGCCAAUAAAUGGCAGAAGCAGGACUGGAACUUGCCCACAGGAUGGAUACUGACUACCUGAAGAGGUGCUUUGGGAACUGCCUUGCCCAGGCACUGGCAGAGGUGGCGCAGGUUCGGCCCAGUGACCCCAUAGAGUACCUGGCUCACUGGCUUCUUCACUACAGGAAAAUCACUAAAGCACAGGAAGAGGGCAGGCAGGAGAAGAUCCAGCUGAAGGAGGAAUAUGAUAAUAGCCUCAAGGAAACCCAAAUGACAGAAAUGCUGAAGCAAGAGGAGUAUCAGAUUCAGCAGGAGCAUGAAAAGUGUCACCAGCCACUGGUGUCUGCAGCUAUUUCCACAAAGGAGACCGUAUUCAUGCAGGAGAACACAAAAUCCCUCGAAAAUGAGGCGUGGAAGCAGGAAUGCCUGCCAGGUACCUCCAGUAAGAUUCCAGAAAUGCCUCAACACAUUCCUUCUUCUGAUUCACCUGGCCAGACUGACGGGACUGUCAGAACUCCACCAGAAAUAAAUUACUAGGCUUUUCAGCAUGAGGUUCUCUGGAGACGCAUCACGACUCCCAAUCUCCUUCUUAGGUUAUCAGAAGGUAGACAAUUCUAAUGAUGCUUCUCUCCAAGCUGCGAGCCGAGAACAUGGCCGUCCAGAAGAGCUCUUACCUAAAGAUGAAAAUAUGUGGGUUAAAUCCAGAUUUGAGGGGCUGCAGAUGGAGGUGUCUGAGGGACUCUCCAGUCCAAGUCCUUUUCU